AUGCUGGACAAUGAGGAAAUGAGCGGUGAUGUGGAGGGAAGAGGAGGUGUCCCGUAUUCUCUGUGCUUGGCUCAUCCUCUGAAGAUGAAGGCAUUUCUGGUCAUCCUGCUGGCUGCCGUCCUGUGCACAGAGCCAGGUGGUUCUUUGAAAUGUUACACGUGCAAGACGCAGCUCAGCAACUCCAAAUGUCAGACGGCGGUGACGUGUGCCAACAGCUCACAAGCAUGCAAGACGGAUGUGAUCAACGUCGUGGGCCUUUUCAGUAUCAUCAACAAGGAGUGCGCUGCGUCGUGCGAGUUGAGCUUCCAGGACUUCACCGUGGGAAAGCAGAACGUUUCCUGUUGCAGUACCGACCUCUGCAACCGCAGCGGGGCGGGCAGCGUGGGCAGCAGCUACGCCACCAUGGCAGCAGGGCUUACCGCCAGCGUCCUCUGCGUCCUUCUGAGGAACGGGCUGUGAGGCGUGGGGAGGAGGCCUUCAGCCUGACAGAAUCCUGGCGCUUCCCCACUGCAGCUAGGAUGCUAACCACAGGCCCCAGCUUCACGCUCAGCUCUCUCUCGCACGCUUAUAGCUGGCUGCAGAUGCCUCCCUAGCAAGCGCUUCGUUCCUGCUGUUAAUUAAGAAUCAGAAACUCUG